AAGAGUAACGCCCUAGUCCAUUUCUGGCAUCACAAGUGGGAUCCACACAACUCCCUGCAAUCAAUCUCCAUAUCGGAUUUUCAGUUCAAUUUCAUCCAAAGAGUAAAGAUAACAUAACAUGUAAUAUUUUUUUUUUCCAAUUUUAAGAUAAAAUAUAGUAACCGGAACAAUGAAGUAAUCUUUUCUAAGUGGAAAAUUCAUGGCUUCUCUGCCUUCAAUAGUUGCGGGCAACACCCUUAAACUUGAAAAUGAAUUCAAGAAAAAUAUAGCAACUUCUUUGCCUUUCGAAAAGAAAAAUCAUAGUCCCAUAAUUUUGGAUAAAGCUACGGAGUCAUUCAAUCUUGAAUUCAAAGAGGCACUUUCACUGAUCAAUGAAGGAAGUGAAAAAGUUGAAUCAGCUUCUUAUGUUCCAUUGUUGCAAGAAUGUAUCAAGAAGAAUUCUGUUUCAGUAGCUGAAGCAAUUCACGGACAUAUAAUCAAAAUGGGUAUUCAUGAAGAUUUGUUUCUCAUGACAUUUCUUGUUAAUGUUUAUGCAAAAUGUGGGAUAAUGGGAAGUGCACGGAAAGUAUUCGAUAAUUUGCCUAAGAGAAAUGUUGUUACGUGGACUUCGUUGAUGUCAGGUUAUGUUCAGAACGCUCAGCCGGAGGCUGCUAUUAGCGUAUUUCAAGAAAUGCUGGAAGCGGGUGGAUUUCCCACGAAUUAUACGUUAGGUGUUGCGUUCAACGCGUGUUCAUUGUUGGGUCGUUUUGAGUUAGGAAAGCAGAUUCAUGCGUAUGUUGUGAAGUAUGAGAUCGGAGAUGACACAAGUAUUGGAAAUGUGCUCUGUAGCUUGUAUUCGAAAAGUGGCAAUCUUGAUUCUGCAGUUAAAGCUUUUCGGAUGAUUGCUGAUAAGAAUGUUAUCUCUUGGACGACAGCUAUAUCUGCCUGCGGAGAUAAUGGGGAUUCUGCGAUGGGUUUAAGCCUUUUUGUUGAUAUGCUUUGUGCGGGUGUGGAGCCUAAUGAGUUCACGUUUACAAGUGUACUAAGUUUGUGUUGCAUAAUGCAGGCUUUAAAGAUAGGAUCACAAAUUCACUCUUUGAGCAUUAAACUGGGGUAUGGUUCUAAUUUACGAGUAACGAAUUCAAUAAUGUAUUUAUACUUGAAAAACGGAUGGAUUAUAGAGGCAAAGAAGCUGUUUGAUGGAAUGGAGACAAUUAGCUUGGUUACGUGGAAUGCUAUGAUUGCAGGUCUCGCUCAAAUGAUGGAUCUUGGAGAGGAUGGUAUGACUGCACAUUCCAGCGGUUUUGAGGCACUAAACACUUUUUUGAGACUGCAUCAGUCGGGGAUGAAGCCUGAUUUAUUCACCUUCUCGAGUGUGUUGUCUGUUUGUAGUAGUUUGGUUGCGUUGGAACAAGGGGAACAAAUUCAUGCUCAGGUUAUUAAGUCCGGGUUUUUGUCGGACAUUGUAGUAGGAACUGCUCUAGUUAACAUGUAUAAUAAAUGUGGAAGCAUUGAUAGAGCAAGUAAAGCUUUUGUGGAGAUGUCUACACGAACUUUGAUAUCUUGGACAUCUAUGAUUACAGCCUUCGCACAACAUGGCUACUCUAAACAGGCGUUGCAGCUCUUUGAGGAUAUGAGAUUCGUAGGGGUUAGGCCAAACAAGGUUACAUUUGUGGGAGUGUUGUCGGCGUGUAGCCAUGCUGGGCUGGUUGAAGAGGCGUUGGCAUACUUUGACAUGAUGAAAAAAGAGUAUAAAAUUAAGCCCGUGAUGGACCAUUACGCAUGCUUGAUUGAUAUGUUUGUGAGGUUAGAUAGGAUAGAUGAAGCUUUUGAUUUCGUCAAGAAGAUGGAUUUUGAGCCGAAUGAGUUUAUAUGGUCACUUCUAAUAGCAGGGUGUAGAAGUCAUGGGAAAUUAGAGCUAGGUUUUUACGCUGCUGAACAACUAUUAAACCUGAAUCCGAAAAACUCAGAAGCUUACUUCUUGUUGUUAAACAUGUACCUCUCGGCCGAGAGAUGGAAAGAUGUUUCCAGGGUGAGAAAGUUAAUGAAAGAUGAAAAAAUCGGAAAGCUUAAAGAUUGGAGCUGGAUCAGCAUCAGGGACAAAGUUCAUUCGUUUAGAACAGGUGAUCGAUUGAAUCCUCCAUAUGAAAAUAUAGACAAUUUCUUAAGUGAAUUACAUGACCAAGCAAGUACAAUGGGAUUUGAGUUGCACACAACUUUGGAGCUCAGAAAUGAAGAAGAUGAUGAAGCAACUUUUCCUAAAGGUCGUCACAGUGAAAAGUUGGCUGUUGCAUUUGGAUUGCUGCGCACACCGAGUGCUGCACCCAUCCGAGUUAUUAAGAGUAUUAGCAUGUGUAGAGAUUGCCACAGCUUUAUGAAAUUCAUCUCACAGCUAACUUCAAGAAAAAUCCUCAUUAGAGAUAGUAAAAGGCUGCACAAAUUUGUGAAUGGACAUUGUUCUUGUGGAGAUUUUGGGAGUCUUGUUUAAUUCUUUCUCAACUUACAUUAGUUUCUUGUUUAUCAUUUUUCUUGUCAAAUAUCUGUUCUCUAAUUCCAUUCAAUAUCAUAGUUUCUUAAGGGUUCUUCAUUGACUGAUUUACAGAAUUUAGAUCAUGUAGCUUGUCAUAUGAAAGGAAAAUCACAAAAGUACAUGGUGGCUUAUAUUGAGUUUUGUACUUUAUGAAAAUUCCAAUUGCCAUGCCA